CGCCGCUCUCUCUCCCUCGCGCUCAGAGCAGGGUUGUGUACUGUCGGGGGUUUGUGUUUGUCAGCUAGAGGAGGGAACAUGCAGCAUCCUGGAGGAACAUGCGUGGCGUUACCCAACGUGGACGCCUGUCCUCAGCUGUCCUGCGCCGCCCUCACCUUCAUGUAUUUACAGCAGGGUAACCAGGACACACCGGCACCCCCGGACCCAUCCAUGGCCCAGGCUUAUCCAUCAGCCCAGUUUGCCCCCCCUCCCCAGAACGGCAUUCCAGCUGAGUUCACAGCUUCACACCCCCAUCCACAUCCACACUCCCACCCACAUCCGCACCAGCACCCAGCAGCACCGCAGGACUACACCGGGGUCCAGGCCUCUGUCAGUGAGCAUCCACUCAACAUGUACCAGUCCUCACAGAGCCACAGUGACCAGAGCGGGACAGACUCCGGCAGUCAGGCAGUCACUGGCACAGCCACACAGACAGAUGAUGCCGCCCAGACGGACAGUCAGCCACCAACGCAGACUGUAACUGAAAGCACAGACAGCAAGGCCCAACCCAAAAGACUUCAUGUUUCCAACAUCCCCUUCAGGUUUAGAGACCCAGAUCUCAGGCAAAUGUUUGGCCAAUUUGGCAAAAUCUUAGAUGUGGAAAUCAUCUUCAAUGAACGUGGUUCUAAGGGUUUUGGGUUCGUAACGUUCGAGCAUAGCGUGGACGCCGACAGGGCCAGAGAGAAAUUACACGGCACCGUGGUAGAAGGCCGUAAAAUAGAGGUCAACAAUGCAACAGCCCGAGUAAUGACAAAUAAGAAGACUGUCAACCCAUAUGCAAAUGGCUGGAAGUUAAAUCCAGUGGUCAGCGCUGUCUACAGCCCAGAAUUCUAUGCAGUACCAGGAUUUCCCUACCCCACAGCCAGUGCAGCAGCAGCAUACAGAGGAGCCCACCUAAGAGGUCGAGGACGGACCGUGUACAACACAUUCAGGGCGGCCGCUCCACCUCCCCACAUUCCAGCUUAUGGAGGUGUUGUUUACCAGGAUGGAUUUUAUGGUGCAGAUAUUUAUGGUGGUUACGCUGCCUACAGAUAUGCCCAGCCUACUGCUGCCACAGCUGCUGCAUACAGUGACAGUUACGGACGAGUAUAUGCUGCCGACCCCUACAACCACACACUCACUCCAGCAGCCACAUACAGCGUUGGUGCCAUGAACGCGUUCACCCCGCUGACAGAUGCGAAAACUCGGAGCCACGCUGACGACGUGGGGCUCGUGCUGUCCUCUCUCCAGGCUAGUAUAUACCGGGGAGGCUACAGCCGCUUCGCACCCUAUUAGCAACACCUCCAACCCUACUAUAACUCAACCUUCCAACAGGACAGAAAGAAAGUGUGUGUGAGCGUGAGUGUGUGAGCGAAUGAAAACAACAGAGAGAACGAGUGAUCCGAGGAGAGAUGAUACUGAGGCCUGGGUAUUGCAAUACAUGCAGUUUGUGCAUCAUUUCAGCAUCUCCUAAGAGAGAAGUACAAAAAAAAAAAAAGAAUAAAAUGACAGCUGAUAUUUUUCAUCUUAUACCUCAGAUAUUUUGUGCUGUGUAUUUUGAUAUUGUGGGUUUUUAAUUUCUAAAGAUUUAAACUUAGAUUAUCAGCUGUAGAGGUUUUUCCAUGGUACUAAUAGAGAGCUGCUAGAGUAAUGAUUAGGACACAAAUGAAAUAUUUAUCAAAUUGUUAGGGCUUGUA